UCAGCUCACAGAGCAACAGAUGUGGCCCACACCCAUUCGAGGGAGAGAGAAAAAAAAACACAUUGCGCAUGGGUCUCCAACUUAACACCACUGUCCACUUAACAGCAAAGCAGUUGCACAAAUUCAUCAAGGAAAGGGAGUUAACGGAAAACGUAUUGCUUGACUUGGAAUUGCACUGACUGACAUCAUCAUGAAGGCAUCAACCACAGCAGGUCCGGCAAUAACCAUGACAUCGCCAGAAGCCGUCGAACAAGGAAUCAUUGAGGUCGUCACCCGUCUGGUCACACAGAAUUUCACAGAACACUUCACACAACCCUUCAGAGCUGGAGUUCUGACAACAACUUCUGCAGAUAUGACUGAAACAAACUCAGCCGCUUUUUUAGUGGGAGCCGCCAACGUAGAGGAUGGAUCCUUUGAAGCCAUUUUCGGGGGAGUCAUUUUUGCCCUGCUCCUGUCGCUGCUCCUGGCGUUGCUGCUACUGCGCUACAUUGUCAAGCAUAAGGGCACUUACCACACAAACGAGGCCGACUGUGGUGAUUCCGUCGACAAGUUUGGCGGUGACUCUCAAAGCGAGCAGGUUCAACUAGAGAUUUUGGACAAGGAAGAAUAGAAAGAAGGAUACUUCAUUUGAAACAGGAUCUUGUUCCAUUUCUAAACCAGGGCCAAUAUUUUCUAUGGGAUUGGAAAUGCCUGUGAUGGUCAUCUAACAACAUGUAUAUGGGGCCUACAACCAUCUCAGCUCUGCAGAUUUUGCUACGAAGAGACAAAAUAAUUAGAUCACUUAUUUUUGUAUUGCCCAUAUAGUAUAUACACUAUAUAUGCAAAAGUAUGAGGACACCCCUUCAAAUUAGUGGAUUGGCUAUUUCAGCCACAUUACAGCCUUAUUCUACAGUUUUAUUUCCCUCAUCAAUCUACACAAAAUCUCAUAAU